AUGGCACCUAAGCAAAAACCUGUACAACAGGAAAUGGAAGCAGCGAAUCAUGAUCGAGAUUUUGAUAUGGCUAUGGCAGAAGAUGAGGAUUCUGAGGAAGAUUCCUCUCAAGAUGAUGGCGAGACUUCCACUCCUUCUUCAAUUGCUUCCUCCUCCCAUGUUGGCAGCAGCAGCACUAAUAGCAACAACAAGCGUCCUGCCACUCAGGCCUUAUUCCUCAAUUUUACUUCUGACCUGUCGCCUCAAAAGAUGAGCAAGAAAAAGUCCAAGCCAAAGAAGCAAACGGCCUAUCGAGUAAAUGGCGUUAAUAUCCUGAACAGAAACAAUUUGGAUAGUAAAACGGCCAUUGAGAGAAUCCAACGACGCAGAGAAAACCACAAUCAUGUUGAGCGUCGUCGCAGAGACAACAUCAACAAUACGAUCUUUGAAUUAUCCAGCGUAGUCCCAAAUGCCAUUCAGCCUGGCCAAAAGCCAAACAAGGGCAACAUCUUGAAGCUAUCUCUUGAUUAUAUAAGGGAAUUGCAAAACGAAAAUGCUGCCUUGAAAGAGCGUCUGAGUCACUUUUCAUCAUCUCGUACUUCAUCUAUUUCCCCUCCUCUCGCCGCUGCUACCCUAACUACAGCCCCCAUGGAAGCUUCGGUCGAUGAAAUGAAUAAUGCAAACUAUCAUCAGUCUCCAUCCGCACCCACUUCACCUCGCUACAUGUGUAGUAACACAACAUUUACCCAGCAGAGUGCAUCAGUGCCCUCCUCUCCACUUCAGCAUUUGAAAGAAGAAGGUGUGAUGCAUAAACCUGUUCCUAAUAAUUUACCACCCCCUCUUUCCUUACCUCCACCUCAACAACAACCUCAUCAACAACAGUUGCAAUCUGUCUUUUCAUCCAUGUCUGUAUCUUCAAAUCCUUCAUCUGCUGCUUCAACACCAACAUUAAGUAGUAGCAACAACUAUCCCUACUCUUCCUAUCCUUCCUCAGUCUAUAUUCCUCAACCACCUCAAUUAUUUAACAAUAGCAGCAAUCACGUUGUGGCCUACAAUAACAACAACAGUAAUAAUAUCAAUCAUCAUCAACACAUUCAGCAACAACAACAACAACAACAACAACAACAACAACAUAUGGAUCCUACCUUGAAAGCGCAUCCUCAGCAAAACCUUCGCCCUCUUUUGCCUGCUACGAAAUCUCCUCAUCCUCCAGCGAUCCAAAACCAUCAGACUGCAUUUUUACCUGCUCUUCGCAUGAGUGGCUAUGAGAAAAUCUACGGCAAUGUCUGUCGUUAUUAA